AUGAGCUACGUGCCGGCGUCAGGGUGCGCGACCGCGGAGCCUUCGCCCGUGGCGUCGCCGGCCGCUGCGCGGAGCACCCGGGCGCCUGCGCCCCAGCGGCGGGACUUCGAGGCCAAGUUACGAGCUUUCUACAGGAAGCUUGAGAGCAAGGGCUACGGACAGGGCCCGGGGAAAUUAAAAUUACACAUACGUCGAGACCAUCUGCUGGAAGAUGCAUUUAGACGCAUCAUGUCCUGCAGUAAGAAAGAGCUGCAAAAGGGCAAACUUUGCGUACUUUGGGAUGGAGAAGAGGGAUUGGACUACGGAGGACCGAGCAGAGAGUUUUUCUUCCUCCUCUCAAGGGAGCUCUUCAACCCUUACUAUGGUCUAUUCGAGUACUCCGCCAAUGAUACAUAUACGGUGCACGUGUCUCCGAUGUCGGCCUUCGUGGAUAAUCAUCACGAAUGGUUCAGAUUUUCCGGACGCGUCUUAGGGCUAGCGCUAGUCCACGGCUACUUGCUUGAAGCUUGGUUCACACGUGCGCUGUAUCGCGCUCUACUGAGAUUACCUCCCGCUCUAGAAGAUGUGGACGCGCUUGAUGCGCAGUUCGCCGCUUCACUGAGGUGGUUACAGACGGCUCGCUGCGUAUCAUCACUGGAGCUAACGUUCGCAGUAUCAGAACGUUUGGCAGACGGUCGGGUACUAGAAAGGGAACUGAAACCAGGCGGAAGGGAUGUUCCAGUAACAGAAAGAAAUAAGAAAGAGUACCUCGAACGCCUUGUCCGAUGGCGAGUGGAGAGAGGGGUCGCGGAGCAGAGCGAGUGGCUCGUGAGGGGAUUCCAUGAGGUGGUGGACCCUCGGCUGGUGGGGGCCUUCGACGCCCGGGAGCUGGAGCUGGUGAUCGCGGGCGCGCCCGAGCUGGACGUGGCGGACUGGCGCGCCAACACGGAGUACCGCGGCGGCUACCACGACGCGCACCCCGUCAUCACCAGCUUCUGGCAGGCCAUCGACAGAUUCACGAACGAGCAGCGCCUCCGCCUCGUCCAGUUCGUGACGGGGACGUCGUCCAUCCCGUACGAGGGGUUCUCGGCGCUGCGCGGCUCCACGGGCCCGCGGCGCUUCUGCAUCGAGCGCUGGGGCCGCAUCGAGUCGCUGCCGCGCGCGCACACGUGCUUCAACCGCCUCGACCUGCCGCCCUACCCCUCGCUGCAGCUGCUGCACGAGAAGCUGCUGCUCGCCGUCGAGGAGACCAACACCUUCGGCAUCGAGUGAGCGGACCCACCCGACGAGUUCCAACCGGACGGAUAACAAUAUCCAACAGAUUUUUUUUUAUAUAAAUUACAACAAAAUCAAAAUAAAAUAAAAUAUUCAAAUAGGCUUCGAAAACAUUUUACAAAUCAAAAUUUUAUUUAUGUUUCUAUUUGCAAAUAUGAAUCUAAGUUGUUAUUAAUAAAGCAGUAACCCGUAAAAACUAACCUGUUGUAACUCCUACUGUUUGUCUAUUCGAGACGUAUCUGUAGGAUAAACUUUAUCCACGACCAGUGAAACAGUCCCUUAGUAUGUUAAUGUCGAUGUCGACUGUAAUAGCAACUGUAAAUUAUCAGUGACUUGUAAAUGUAAAUAGUAGUCAAUUGAUUGUAUAGUCGAGGAGCAGUCUUACCUAUUGCUAAAUGAUGUAUGUAGCGUGUAGGUGUGCCAGACUUGUAACAAUAAUGCUAGCCACGUAUCUAUCGAGGUUUGUACUUUGUAAACGCUUUUAUUGUAAGAAGUAUAUUGUGGCUGUGAAUCGGGGCUUAAGCCCCAUAUUUAGUUAUUAUGCUUUUGUCACUAAUUUAUAAUUUUUUUUAAUUUCCUGGCUCAGACAUCUGUCCUAUCGGUUAUUUUUGAGUGAUAGACGUGACGAUAUUUCAGAUUAAUUAUUCAAAUAGAUAAAAGAAGUUAUCGUCUCUAAAUGCUCUUUUAUUUGGCUAAAACAGAAGCUAUUAAAAUUAAUGAAUAGCGCUACCUAGUCAGCUUAUAUAAAUAUAUACUUAUAGUAAAAAAAACUACAACAGAAAUAAAAAUAAAUAUUGCUUGUUUAUCCCUGUAGUUACUCUAACCUAUUUAUGUAAUUAAUAUAAUAAUUGACAUAUGUUGAUGUCGUGAGUUGAUUUGCUAAUAUUGAUGUUCCUCAGUUAUUUAUAUAAACUUAAAUUUUAUUAGCUUAAUAUGAAGAGUUACAUGCUCAAAAUUAUUAUUAUAAAGUAUUAAUUGUCAUGUAAUGAAGCAGGUUUAACGUUUAAUUUUGAUUCCAUAUGUAAUGUAAAUACAUUAUUUAUUGCGUUUUUGUGUAAAUUACAAUGUGUAAGUUCAUGUUUAUUUCUGUAAGUAAUAGUUCUAUUAUGUUGGAUAUUUAACUAAUGUAGAACAUUGUUUUAUCAUGAGUAUAUUCUAAGUAACUUGUUUUGUGUGAAAGUGAUCAGAUGUGUCAAUAUACAAUAUUACUUACAUAA